AGACUUAGAUCAGUCGUUAUGUUUGUAGCUAAUUUAUAUUUGUAUUAUUUGCAUUGCAAGGGGAAGUAUUGGAACUCGUGGUUAUGCAAUAUACUGGAAUUGGGAAAGAGAAGACAGACAAUUUUAUAGUUUAAGCUGAGUGAUGUGAAAUCUACAUGUCUUUACGCAGCUAACGUUAACUAGCUAGAAAACAUGAACCCAACAAGUAAAGAUAUGAAAGGCAUCAUGGACAAGUCAUCAUACCGUUUGCUGCGGCUUCUGUCCUUGGCAUGGCUGGCCUGUAGGCCCACCUGUAGUUCUAUCACCACCUAUGGAACAAUAAUCCCACAAUCUCCAUCGGUGGAAAUUGGGAAGGAAUUCACCGCCACAUGUGUGCUCUACAAAUCUGCUAAAGCCACAGCGGAGGACAUCUACUGGAAGUUGAAAAACGUCACAGUGCCCAAAGAGCAGUACACCAAGAUAAAUGACUCGGCUGUUAGCGUGACCAUCACCAUCACCAAUGAAACGGCCAACUGGUUACUUUGUGAGACGAAAGGGUCUCCCUUAAACCGAAAUCAAGUAAUCCAUGGGAUUCUAUUGACCAAAGGGUAUCCCCCUGAGAAGCCUGUGAACCUGUCCUGCAUGGCUGUCCAGUCUGGCCGAAAGAUUUCGUCCAACGUCACGUGCACAUGGCAGCCUGGGACAAGAGACGAGAUUCUGAAAACCACUUAUACCUUGUUUGGCAGUCUAAUUGUCUCAAAUAAGAGCAGCAAAGCUCACAGAUGCAGUGGAUACAUCGACUUCGGCACCUUUCCAAGCUUCAUGCAACUUGCUAUGUGGGUAGAAGUUGAAAACAAGCUGGGGAAGGUUCGAUCUGACAUUCUGGAUAUAUAUGCUGCUGAUUUGGUGAAAACGAAUCCCCCAUCAGAUGUCAAUAUUCUUUCCGAGAAUAACUUUUCCAGGACUCUCUUAGUGAGUUGGAAGCACCCUAUCCAUGUAACCUAUGUAACGCUGAAAUACAACAUCAGGUUCUGCACUGUGGGCUCUGGAGACUGGACUGAGGUACCGCCAAAUGACACUGAAAGCUACAAGGAGUCUUUCCGUCUUCAGUACCUCAAGCCGGACACGGAGUAUGUAGUGCAGGUGCGAUGCAUUCAUCAUAGGGGCUAUGGCUAUUGGAGUGACUGGAGCGCUAACUCUACCGCCAGGACCCCAGAGGACAAGCCUACAAGUAAGCCAGACCUAUGGAGAGUCGUCAUUCCCAGCCAAGUCAAAAGUGAGCGGAGAGUGCAAGUGAUGUGUAAGGAUCCAGUGGAGUCCAAUGGAAGGAUACGAGGCUACAGCAUCAAGAUCCAAGAUGGAAACUGGGAGACGGUGGCGGUCAAUGACUCUGACCUGGAUUCUAGGUCGCAAGAGAGGAAAAUUAUCCCCCUUUACCAGAUUCCCUUGUCUGACAAGAGAAGAGGCCUCAUUGAAUUGAAGGCCUGGAAUUCUGUUGGCGAGUCUCCCCAAGCGUCUUUGGUCAUCCCAAAAUUGACACAAGAGCCCCCUUCGGUGGAAUGGCUCAGCUGGUUUACCCAGCAGGGGAGGCUGUGGGUGAAAUGGCAGCCCCCCAAUGUGACGGCCACAGGGGAGCCCUACAGGUCCGAGGUGACGGAGUACAUACUGGAGUGGGUGUCUGUCAGUGAUGGCGCUAUGGACUGGCAGAGAGAACGUAGGCAUACUAGGAUGGCAGCCAUUAAAGGUAACCUUCAGAAGUUCAAUCGCUACAAUAUAUCUGUGUAUCCCAUGUACUCUGGGUGGACUGGGAAGCCAUUGACCAUAGCAGCCUUUCUGGAACAAGGAGCUCCGCUGGAGGGUCCCUCUGUGAAAGUGAGGCGGACGGGGAAAAACGACGCUGAGCUGGAGUGGAUGGAGAUUCCACUGGACAAACAGCGAGGGUUCAUCACCAACUACACCAUCUUCUUCAUCACAGGGGGCAAGGAACACUCAAUAGUUGUCUCUUCCGACACCUACUCUUACACUGUGAAGCGCAUGGCCAGCAACAGCAAGUAUGUGGUGCGAGUCAUGGCAUCUACAGUACAAGGCUCUACAAACAGCUCGGACCUGUCAUUCAAUACUCUGAUGUAUGCUCCCGGGCAGAUAGAAGCCAUUGUGGUGUCUGUGUGCAUCAGCUUCCUGUUUUCCGUAGUGCUGACCAUGCUCUGCUGCAUUUACAAAAUGGACUCGAUAAAGAAGAAGAUCUGGCCACCGGUACCUGACCCCUCCAACAGCACUAUCGCUAAAUGGUCUCCUGAUUUCACAUCCAAAGCUGACACUCCUAAGGAGAGCGCGCUGGGUGACGUGAGUAUUGUAGAGGUGGACGUGUUCGACAGGAAGUCUCUGUGUGAGGAGGACAAGGCAGGCCUGCCGCUCAAAAAGGACAAAUACCUGUCGGAGGAGCAUAGCAGCGGCAUCGGCGGCUCCUCUUGCCUGUCAUCGCCUCACCAGAGCGUCUCAGACAGCGACGAGGGCGGCGACGAGGGCCAGACUACAGCCAGCACCGUCCAGUACUCGUCGGUGGUGGCAUCCUGCGGCUACAAGGGCCAGACCCCCUGCCCUCUCCCCCAGUCCGGCUUGUCCCAGACGCCUAGCUUCACCCGCUCUGAGUCCACCCAACCCCUGCUGGACAGCGAGGAGCACCCGGAGGGCCCCGAGUCACAGCGCUACCUGCGGAACCCCUACUUCGGGCGCUUGCCUGUGGGGAACAAUGGCGACAGCGGAGACCUGGAGGACUUGAACCAGAUGGAGAUGAAGAAGCAGGGGUUGGCUUUGCGCCGGUUCUGCCCCCUGGAGGAGGACUUUCAGCAGACCACACCCACAGAGGAGGGUCAGUCACCUGACGGACAGCCAGGCCCUGACCCUAGCUACAUGCCUCAGCUCAGCGGCUACAGGCCUCAGUGUUAGGAGGACUUAGUUCGAGGUUGUCACACUUCAUGUACAGUGACUCUUCCUCUGCGCCUUUGUUAAUUUCACUUUUGUUCCAAACUUUGUCAGCCUAUUAUUUUUGCACUUACCCAAAUGGCAAUCAUGAACUUCAUGUGGGCAUCUUGACGUGACUUGUUAAAAUCUCUUUUAAGUGGAUGAUAUAGUUUGCCUGUAUGUCGAGGUUUUAUUGUUUUAAGAUCCUAAAAAGGAAAUAGAUGCCUACGUGCAGACCCGUUCAUUUUCAGUUAAUUACUGACCUAGGUAGUUGGCGUCGCCCAUUGACCUCUUAAGAAAAGUCCAUAGCCUAGAUGUGGACCCCUAUUCUCUAUAAGCCGGCCAAGUUGAACUUUGAAUGGACAAAGUGUGAUGACUCAUCAUUCCAAGAAAGAAGACUUGAAGGAAGCGAAAAGGUGAUGCUAGCCAAUACAACAGGACCCUCUUGAAAUUCAGAAAGUAUUCCCUUGACUUGUUCCACAUUUUGUUGCAUCCUAAAUUCUAAAAGGAUUCAAUAUAAACAUUCUCACCAAUCUACACAAUACCCAUAAUGACAAGGUGAAAACAUGUUUUUUGACAUUUUAGCAAAUUUAUUGAAAAUGAAAAAGCGAUAUGAUUUACAUAAGUAUUCACACCCCUGACUCAAUACAUGUUAGAAUCAUCUUUGACAGCUGUGAGUCUUUCUGGGUAAGUCUCCAAGAGCUAUGCGCAGCUGGAUUGUACAAGUUAGUUGUUGUCGUUGCUCGACAGCCAUUUUCAAGUCUUGCCAUAGAUUUUCAAGCUAAUUUAAGUCAAAACUGUAACUAGGCUACACAGGAACAUUCAAUGUCAUCUUGGUAAGCAACUCCAGUGUAUUUAUGGACUUUUGUUUUAGGUUAUUGUCCUGCUGAAAGCUGUAUUUGUGUCCCAGUGUCUGUUGGAAAGCAGACUGAACCAGGUUUUCCUCUAGGAUUUUGCCUGUGCUCUAUUCAAUUUAUUUAUUUAUUUUCCCCCAAAAAACUGUAGUCCUUGCUGAUGACAAGCAUACCCAUAACAUGAUGCAGCCACCAUCAUGCUUGAAAAUAUGAAGUGUGGUACUCCGUGAUGUGUUGGAUAUGCCCCAAACAUAACGCUUUGUAUUCAGGACAUAAAUUACAUUUCUUUGACACAUAUUUUGGUAGUUUUACUUUAGUGCCUUAUUGCAAACAUGAUGCAUGUUUUGAAUAUUUGUAUCCUGUACAGGCUUAGUUCUUUUCACUCUGUCAUUUAGGUUAGUUUUGUGGAGUAACUACAAUCUUGUUGAUUCAUCCUCAGUCUUCUCCUAUCACAGCCAUUAAACUCUGGUAGAAAGGACGCCUUUAACUUUGUAGUGACUGGGUGUAUAGAUCCACCAUCCAAAGUGUAAUUAAUAACUUUGCUCAAAAGGAUAUUCAAUGUCUGCUUCUUUUUUUUACCCAUCUACCAAUAGGUGCCCUUCUUUGUGAGGCACUGGAAAACCUCCUUGCUCAACUGAGGGACCUUACAAGUAAUUGUAUGUGUGGGGUACAGAGUCGAGGUCGUCAUUCAAAAAUCAUGUUAAAUACUUAUUGCACACAGUGCGUGCAUCUUGUGACUUGUUCAGCAAAGUUUUACUCCUGAACUUUAGGUUUGCCAUAAAAGGGGUUGAAUAAUUGGCUCAACAUUUCAGCUUUUCAUUUUUUAUUCAUUUGUAAAAAAUGUCAAAAAAACAUUGUUCCUCUUUGAAAUUAUGGGCUAUUGUGUGUAGGCCAGUGAAAUACGAUCUCAAUUUAAUACAUUUUAAAUUCAGACUGUAACACAAAAUAUGGAAAAAGUCGAGAGGUGUGAAUACUUUGAAGGCAUUGUAUGCUACACUAGUAGGUGUAUGGUUAGUGACAUAUCUUUCCAGAUAGAAAAAACUGUUUGACAAAUGUACAUUUUGCCUUUUCACACUGCCUUAUUGACUUUGCGUCAUGAAUGGAAUGAAGAAAUGCUAUGCAAUUUCCCUGCCCAUCAAAACUUCUUGUUCGAGGUCAAAUAUAGAGAUAUUACUGUUGCAUUAUUAUUAUGUGGUCCUUCUGUAGCUCAGUUGGUAGAGCAUGGCGCUUGUAACGCCAGGGUAGUGGGUUCGAUUCCCGGGACCACCCAUACGUAGAAUGUAUGCACACAUGACUGUAAGUCGCUUUGGAUAAAAGCGUCUGCUAAAUGGCAUAUAUUAUUAUAUUAUUAUUAUAUACUGAAAAGGAAGUUUUUGUAUAAUUUGUUUCUGGGAAAUGUUUUUCAUAUUCAUUUUUGUGUUGUCGUGAAUUUUCUGAAGACUGAAAAGUGUAGUAUAUUUUGUUAAUUUGUUUGAGAUUCUUUUGUUUAGAACAUACGUACAGAUCUCAACAGGACAAACUCCAAUAUGUGUUCCUACAGAGAAUAUGCUCAGAAAGGGAUGUUGCAUGUACAGACCGUUUAAAUAUUGCUACAUUGAGGGUUAUAAAAAAUAUUCUUCCACCAUCACUCAGUUAACACUACUUUUCCACAUAUACGGGAAACAAACAGCCUAGUACUUCACUGCAUGCCACCAGAAUACAUGUGCCCUUUUUGGAGCAUGGUUUGUGAAUGUGUGACAUUAUACAAUAUGAAAUAAACCAAAAGUGUUAUCCA